CUGACCAGCCAGCCAGCAAGCCCUCCUGGCAGCUACAGUUACUUGCCUCCCUUCCACUCCUCCUCCUUCCCAAGUCCGGCUGUGGAUACUGACCUGUGCUUGUUAAUACGUUUCUCUUGUUAAUUUUCUACUUGGAUAACGGGAAUGUACCAAAACCACACCAAAGACUCCAACAACAACUGCAAUAAAAGCCUUCUCUGUGAUCAUAAGGAAAAGCUUGUCCAGGCUAUUAAAAGAAUCAAGCACGAGGUAGAUGAGUGCAGAGAAGCAGAGAGAGAGACGUACAUAGAGUCAGUAGAAGUAGAGAACUGUUUUGAUGCCUUGGAAAGAGAAGUCAGAGCAGAGUUUCAGAACCUCCAUCGUUUCCUGGAUGAGGAGGAGUGUAAGGACCUUGAACGACUUGGGAGGGAGAGACAGAAGCAACUGAAGCAGCUGAAGGAAAGAGAGAAGAAAAUAGCAGAUCAAGGGAAAGACCUGGAGAGAGCAAUCACAGUUCUCAACAGCAAACUGGCUGAAGACGACAGUCCUAAACUGCUCAAAGAAAUCCAAGAUCUCAUAAAAAGGUCUCAGGUCAGCUUUGUUCUUCCAGCGGAGGUGGACACGGAGGUACGCUCCGGCCAGUUUGUGGGGCCCAUACAGUACAGGAUAUGGAAGCGCAUGAAAAGCUGCCUUUACCCAAAUAUUACAUCAGUGACCUUUGACCCUGAGACGGCCCACCCUAAUCUAUCCCUGUCUAAAUCCUGCACCUCAGUAUGGUUUGAGGAGGACAAGGACACGACGGAUUGCCAGGCCAACCCACGACGGUUCCACUAUUAUUACUGUGUGUUGGGCCAUCAGGGCUUCACCACAGGACGACACUACUGGGAGGUGGAGGUGGGACGUAAAACAGCGUGGAGAUUAGGUGUGGCACGAGACGAUAUCUCAAGGGGGGAGAUGGCUGCUAGUGGUACAUCCAGUGGCCUCUGGACCAUGGCCCUGAAGGAUGGAUCUGUCGUAGCCUACACUGACCCAAAGCCCACUAAGGUCAACGUGUCUGUCUCUCUUGUCCGCAUCGGUGUGUUUUUAGACUGUGAAAAGGAGGAGGUGUCUUUCUAUAAUGCUGUUACCAUGGCGCCCAUCUACACCUUUACUAUAGGAACGGUCAUGGGUCCUCUAUUCCCCUUCUAUAAUCCAUGUGACUUGGAUGACGGGAAGAACAUGGCGGCAAUUAAGAUCUUUAACCCUUCAAUAUAAUAAGAGACUGUUCUCACCAGCUUGAACACUGAUGGUCAGUAGAGCUGAUAUUUACAACACAAAUUGUUCAUUUCGUAUUAGCAGAAUAAUCAUUAUAUUUAGAACUGAAACGAUUAGUCAGUUAUUAAGCUAGUCAACUGAAAAAAAUUAAUUAGCAAAUAUUAGGAUUAUUAGAAGAAUAGUUUUUAAGCAAAAAUGUCAAACAUUGGCUGAUUACCGCUUCCCCAAUUUGAGGGUAUGCUGCUUUUCUUUUGUCCUAUGUGAAAAUGAGUUGAAUAUAUUUGGGUCUGGAGCUGUUAUGUUGGAAAAAACAAGCUAUUUGAAUAUUUUUGUAAAUUUUUGAUGGACAUUUUAUAGACAAAAUGAUAAAUUUAUUAGUGAUCGAAAAGAAUGGACAGAUUUAUCAAUAAUGAAAAAUGAUUGUUAGUUGCAGCCCUAAUUAUAUAAAAUACUUGCAAAAGAAAACGCCUUUCGCCCAGUGUCAGCUGGUAUAUGCUCCAGCCCCCCCCGCGACCCUGUACACAGGAUAAGUGUUUGACGAUGGAUGGACUUGCAAAAAAAGUGUUGUAAAUAGAGAAAAUCCACUUUCCAAAAAACUGUUACUGUAACUACAAAUUAAUUUUCUGUUUAAAGUAUAUCUUCUUCUCUUACUGUGAUUACUUGAAUGGUUUAGAGUUUGAGGAAAAUAAAUGUAGUAUAUAUAUAUAUAUAUAUAUAUAUAUAUAUAUAUAUAUAUAUGCAUGAUAAAUCUUGAACUGGUGUAGUUGUAUUUGAAAAAGAGUUCAGGAAAACAAAGCAUGUGGAAGGUCGUAAUUUGCAGCCAGCCUGGAGCUUCAGGGUCCAUGGCAGGUGUUAACAGCAUUAUGAUGUUACUGUUUAUAAAUAUCUCUCUUGUGUCUGUUCUGCUUUGAUGUGUCCUGGCGAGGUUAUGGAAGCUCAAAACGAGGCAGUGGGAUUAGUGGCACGCAGGGCCUGAGGGGUGAGAAAGUGGCGCGUGACACUCAGAACAAAUGAUGGCUGACAUUGAGUGAGAUGAGUCACUGAGAAGGAAUGGGCAGCUCUGAGACAGAACUGUCCUUCUGCAAGUCUUCUUGCUCGGCGAAUAGGAAAACAAACACAACAAGACAGAAAAUGUCAUAAUCGCUUGUUUAUUCUUAGUAUUCCUUUAGACAUGAAAUAACGAAAAAUCAGUUUUCUUUACAAAACAUCUGUGUAGGUGUUGUGCAAUAAGGGAGCACGGAGAGAACAUGAGGGACGUCACACCACACCCAGGCCAGAACAGCAGAAACAAACAGAGAGGAUCAGGGCAAAGACAACUCACAUAGUGCAAGAGGUCCCGAUGGUAUUAAAAGCAGUGGUUUCUAUUAGUUGGUUAUCAGAGGUGGGUUUGAAACCAUUUAGAUAUAAUAACUCCAGUUCCACUAUAGGCUGAGCCUUCUUCAUGAUGCUGGUAAUGUGUAAACCAAAGGCUUGUCCUCCCCACCACCCACUAUCUGCCUCUCUCACAUCCCUACUCACUCUGAGUGGCUUGGUAUUAUAAUCACUGACAAUAUACAGUAGUGGUAGUGCACAAAAAAUGCUGUUUUAGCAGUCUCUCAUCUUACCACAACAUGACCCCCGAGUGUUGCCCACACAAAGCUUUGUCAUUCGUCUGCUGCUGUCAUGAAUUCACUCACAUACUCCAAUUGUGCCACACACUUGAUAAAUGAAAUGGUAAAACAUCUUCACUUUACAAAGAGAGCACACUCAGCAUUCUUCUGAGUAGCAUAUCUACCACACAUUAUCAUCAUAAGCCAGUCACUGCUAUCACUUUGUUCAGUCAGGUGUACAAAACAGCUUUCAGUGUCUGUGAAUACCAUACCUAUUAAGGAAAAGGUGCCAUCAGGAGUGUUGAUUAAUGAGAGAAUACAGGUCAACUAUCCAAUAUACGUGUUAGGCACUAAACAAAGACAAGAGUCAAUCAAAUAUCUCAAAGUUACACUAUCUUUUACAAUAGUUUGUGGCUUUAAACACAUUCACACUCAUGACAGCACAUGUUUUCUUUAUAUUGCAAGACAAUUUAAGCAGGCACAUGAAUACCUUACUCACAACAGAUGGAGAAGCACACAUAUACAUACAUACAGUUGUUUUAAUCUGUACAAACUGCGUAUGCAUAGACUCAGCACACACAAACACUCAUAAACCAAUCACACGCACACAUUAUGUGCAUUAUAGGCGCACACACACUUAAACACAGAAAACCUGAACACACAAUGGUCGCAACAUUAAAACAUCACUCCUUUGGUCACACACACAGACACAACUUUAGGACAAUAAACGCCUGUUACUCUGGACAUGUUGUGGGCAUGCUGCAGUCAAUGCUUUAGGUGACACAGGUUAAACAUUUUAAUACCACAUGUAAAUACUGUGAGAGAUGUUGUAUGCUUUGAGUAUCAUCAGGUUGGAAUGGCAAUAAGAGCAGAUAAUUGAUCUAAAAAGAUCUCAUAUAGUCUUGAUGGAUUUUUACAAUAUUUGGUUCUUAAAUUCAAUAGUUUUAAUGAAUAUUAGUGUUUAUAGUAUAUAGUACUGUAUGUGUAUAUAUUUUAUGUUCUGGAUUUAAAGUUGGCGAGUAGUUUCUUUAUUUUUGAGUAUAGUAUAACAACCAUUCUAUGCACUAAGAACAUUCAGGCUUAAGGGGGUUAAAGUGCCGUACACAUGCAAUAUUUACAAGGCUGGAAUGUGUGUGUCUGGUUUGUGUAUAUUGUAUAAAGACAAUUUUCAGUAUU